CGCGUUUCGGCCCUAAAUUUCUGUUUUAAAUUUAUAACAAGGGGACGAUGUCCGGAAAGCUGAAAGUAUGCAUAAUUGGAGCGGAGGGCUGGGGCUCGGCCAUUGCCGCCGCCGUGAGCAAAAAUGUUCGCCAGGGCAAUUUCAACAGCCGUGUUCACAUAUAUGUGUUGGACGAACUCGUUCGCAGCUCUCCCUUGUCCGAGGUCAUAAAUGAUAGUCACGAGAAUGUCAAGUAUCUGCCUGGGAUCAAGCUACCCAAGAACUUGGUGGCGGUGAAUGAUCUUUUGGAAGCUGCUCAGAAUGCAGAUAUCUUGAUAUUUGCCAUGCCGCAGAGCUUUGUCAAUUCCUACUGCAACAUUCUAGAAGGCAACCUGAAGGAGACGGCCUUUGCCGUUUCCAUGGUCAAGGGCCUAAUGGAAGUGUGCGACGACGAUGUGGUACUCGUGUCGCAGGCUAUUAGCGAGCGCCUGGGCAUUCCCUGCUACUCAAUGAUGUCCGCUCAUAGCGCCAUGGAAAUGGCUCAGGGUAAGCUGUGCGAGAUCACUUUGGGCUGCACCAAUCCAGACCACGGGGAGCUGCUGGUCUCAGCUCUUCAAACUAACAACUGCAAGGUGAUUUCCGUCGAUGAUGUUCAUGGUGUUGAGCUGGUUGGGACCCUAAAGGACAUCAUUUCCCUUGGAGCGGGCCUUGUUGAUGGCCUUCGCCUGGGAGACAACGCUCGUGUGGCCGCCAUCCAUCUGGGUCUCAAGGAGAUGAUGCGCUUCAUUGAAACUUAUUUUCCAUCCGCAAAAAUGUCCACGUCUGCCUAUGUUGAUAAAAAUGUGACCUUUGCCAAUAGCUUUAUUACCUCGGGUCAGUCCAUACAGGAAAUAGAAAGCAAUCUUCAGAACGGGCUACUGGGUCCCUUGGUGGUCAGCGAAGUGAAUGCGAUUCUGGAGGCCGAUAAAAACCUACAUAAGUUUCCUCUAUUUACGGCCAUUCACCAGGUAUGCCACAAUGAGGCUCCACCAGAUGUAAUAAUGGAUGCCCUUAAAAAUCAUCCUGAUUUAAGGAACUCAUCCGUAUCGCAUCUGUUGAACGACGAAACUGGCGAAAAGAUGUCAUCCCAAGUCCUGGACGAAGUGGCCGACACCCUGCCAAAACUAAGGAAGGCUCUCGACAAAAUCUUGGCCGAGGCGGGUGACAAGAGCUUCAAGAAUCUGAAAAUUUUGGGUAGCUGGUCCCCGAAAAAUUCGAAUCUAGAGACGCCCACAGAGAAUCAAGUCCCAAUAGAGACCGAGGACAUCCCUGACCCGUUGAGUGCAAAAGCCUUGCAGAUACAGAAAGAAAUCCGUGAUGGAAACGUGAAGGUUGCCUUUACGAUGGAUGUUGCAGACCAAGGCCGCCACAUGCGACUCCUUCUGAAAGAGGCGCCAAGAACUUCUACUCCUAUGGGUCAAUCAGUGGUUUCAGAAGGGAUGGGAUCUGGAAAAGGUAAGGAUGUGACCAGAAUCGGUAAAAGCGCUAUAAUGGACUCAAAAUUGGAGUCCAUGGAUAUGGAUUCCCUGGACUUAAGCACUGAAGCCAACAACUCCGACCCUCGGUUACAAGAAAUGAAACUCAUAGACGACUCUAUUCAAUCAAUGGACAUGGAAUCGUCCCAUUCCGGACAGCUUAAGGACGACAAAGAGGCUAGAGGGGAAACUGAAAUGGUGGGAAAGCUUCUGAGUGAUGAAGAGCCAACGGACCACGAGUCUAAUGAAAAAGAAUGGAAGCUCUUAAUGGAUGAGCUUGAAGAUCAAGAAGAAACAAAGCUUACUGAGAAGGAUCCGGAAAUGUCCAAGUACUUCACCGAAUCCGAGCCCAUUGAUGUGAAUUAUCUGGAGGAAUGGCAGACUACCUUAGAACAUAAUAAGGAUCAAGAGGCAAGGCUCCGAUUGGAAACUAGUGAGAACGAUCCGGAGAAUAGAAAGUCCAAAUACUUCACUGUAUCUGAGCCCAUUGAAGUUAAUUAUCCGUGUAAUGAGUAUUUGGACCUGACAGAGAAGGCCCAAUUCGGCGAUGAAAACGACCUUGAGCAGCUGGAGAAAAAGUUCCAGCAGACAUACACUGUUUCGGAACAACAUGAGUCUGAUAAAGAAACCUUACCCGAUACGGAGUCCUUCCAAAUAUCAGAAGUGCGCCAAGAAGGAAAGGCCUCAGAUCUUCAGCUGCGGAUAAAGCGAAAGACUCAAAAGACAUCAGAGGGGCACUUGGAGGACUGUCAGGAUGUGGAGGAAUCUGACCGUUUAAGAGUCCGAGCUAAGAAUUCGGAUUCCCCCUGGACCAGGGAGAGUUUCAAUUAUGUAGAGGGAUUUGACGCAGAGCCCUCUGUAAAGCGAAGUCGCUACUCAGAUCUUCUAGUGCGAGCAGGUUCCCAAAAGCCAUACAACUCCAAAAAGGAAGAAGGACUGGACGAAGCUAUUAGAGACAGACGCCAAGAAAGGAAUGCCGAUGAUUGGGAACCACAAGUACAGUAUAAAAAUAUUGAAGUAAUGGACAAACAUGUCGAUGGUUUCGGAAAAUCUGAUGAUGAGGAUAUGAGGACUUUAAAAAGCUCAAAUGAAUCGGAGACUCGUUAUGGAAAGCUAGAGGAGGAUGAGCAACAAAUGGAACAUCUUUACGAGGCAAAAAUGGCAGAGGAUCUGCAGGAGCCGGCCGAGCCCGAAAAUCGGAAACUGGUAAAGGGUAAAGAUAUGGGUAAGAUUAAGGAAAAAGUCGAUCUAGAAAGUCAGCGAAUUGCGGAGAAUAAAUAUAUGACCAACGUGCAGGAGCAACCGGAAAUAGAUAAUUGGAAAAUAGUGGUGGAUAAAGAUCUCAUCAAAAUUAAGGACAACAAAGAUAUCAUAAAAAUAGAGGAUAAAGAUAUCAUCCAAGUGCAGGAAGAAUCCGAGCUAGAGAAUUGGAAAAUGGUGGAAGAAAGCUCCGAAGAUAACCUGGAAGAGGAUAAGCUCUGGAAGCACAUUCGUUCCAUGGAGGAAGGUCGGGACGAAGAACUCGUCAAGGCAGCAGAAGAAAAACGGUCGACCAAAAUGGGCGAAAGACGGCCUCUCCUCAGCCUGGAGGAGGUUAACAUGCGAUAUUAUAGCGACCAAAAGGAUGGCGAGGGCAGUCAUGAGUGGGACUGGCUGUUGAACAACGAAAGGAUUGGCAAGCCCAAUUCGGAGACCCUCUUAAAGGCCGACGAAACGCUUAGCCGAGCGGAUGAGGAAAACUUGGAAAAGCUGAGCGAUCAGCUUGCUCAGGCCCUGGAAAAAGAAAAGACCAAGAAAGGCGAAGACUCCUUAAAGAAUAUGUAUAAUGUUAAAGAUACUGGUUUACAGAAAGCCAUAUUAGAGUCUAAGUCCUUGGAGGAUCUGGCCGAAGUAUCGGCAGAUCACAGCAAAAAAGACCUCGAGGAAGAGCAAGAUGCGAAGGCUAGCAAGAAGCGAGUACCACCACGUGAAUUUGAAGUACCCUCUCCGGCUGCCACGCCUGCCUACAUUCCCAGAGAAGGCGUCAAACAAAAGUCUAAAAUCCAGGAAGGCACUCCCCAGGUUCAGACCCAGCCAAAAACAGCUCCCACCCAACCGCCUCAAAUUAGGCCUCACAAAGUCGAGGAGAUGAACCCCAUCCUUUUCGAAAGUGAACAGCCACAGUCCAAGAAAGAUGAGCCAGUGGCCAAGUCGUCGGAACCACCAAAGAAAGUGGAGGAACCGCCAAAGAAAGUGGAGGCUCCCGCACGCAGGCCAGCCGGGGUAAAAAUGCGGAGGGACGAGCCCUCCGCACCCAGGCCCGCCGCCGAAAGGAUGCACAACACAGAGCUCCCUCCCGCACGCAGACCCGCCGGCGAAAGCAUGCUGAAGAGGGAGGAGCCUCCCGCACGCAGGCCCGCCGGCGAAAGGAUGCAGAAGGGCGAGGAGCCUCCCGCACGCAGGCCCGCCGGCGAAAGAACACACAAGCAUGAAGAAAUCCCGCAACCUAGCAACAGUAAGUCUGACCGGAAGCGACAUGCGCCUGAUUACAUUCAGAUCAAGAAACGCAAAGUCCCUGAAACGCCAUUGGACCGAGCGCAGCGGGAUAUGAACAGCAUUAUGCGCAAGGUUAAGAGUCGCCCGGUCAACUACAGAGGCAAGAAUCCCUUCCACGAAGGGUCAGGCACAGAAUCAAAUGCGCCAAUGGACGACACGUCCAAAACAAAGCAAGCUGGCGAAAAUUGGCGUCGCCGUGUGGUGUCUACACCACUUUUUAACCCACCAAUCAAUCCUCGGGUUCGUGUUCCGCGUCCUCCAUUUGAUGGCCGAGAUCAGGAGUACCACACGCUGAGCUCCACCAUGAUCACCAGUCUGGUGGUGCCAAUAAUGCAGAAGCAUUCGAUGCCCAUGAAGAACGCCCUUCAAAGUCCCAUCGUAUCCAAGGUCCAGCUAAAGCAACUAUCUGCGAUGACUCGAUCGGUGCAGGCCAUUCGGCGUCCGUCUCUGAAGAUGCCGUCCGGGGUGCCGCGUUCUCCUACACUCACCAAGAUCCUUUGCGCCUUGCAUAUUGGUCUCCUUGCCUCUUACCUGGCGCGUUUCCGGAAGUAAUCUUUCCAACCAGACCUACCUAAACCCCAGACCUAUCAAUUCCCUUAGUGUUACUACAGUAUAACUAUAUAUAAAUAAAGACGUUAAGUUUUA